UGCAUUUGCUUUAGAGACCACCCAGCAAUCUCCGUCUCUCUAUAAAUCUGUGGUAGCGAAGCGGUAACGCAACAAUGGCUGCAGGACCAUCGAUAGGCUUAUUCGUGAUAUUCUCUCUUUUGGUUGUAGGUAUCAAAGCGGAGAAUCUGCAGACUGCUCGGAGUUUGAAAAGCUUAGAACACAGAAGGCUAUUCGUGUUCGGUGAUUCCUUUGCAGACACCGGAAAUAAACAGAAUCCUAAUGAACCAUACUAUUCUUUGAGAAAACCCUACGGUGAGACAUAUCCGUUGUACCCCACCGGUCGAUGGUCCGACGGUAAAGUCAUGACCGACUUUGUAGCUACGUACAUGGAUCUGAUUUCUCCGGUUCCAUACACCAAGAGAAAUGACUCUAUUCUGCUUCAAAAGUAUGGCAUGAACUUUGCCUAUGGAGGAACCGGCGUCUUCGAUACGUUCACAGGCCUCCCGGACAUGACACAGCAAAUCGACGCGUUCGAACAGCUGAUCAACAGUGGGCUCUAUGCUGACCAUCUGGAUUCCUCCGUUGCUCUCGUUUCUUAUGCAGGCAACGAUUACAGAGUUUAUCUAGAAAACAAUGGCUCCCUCGCGGGUCUCGGUGCCUUCAGGCAGCAAGUAGUGCAGCAGCUCACAGCAAAUCUGCAGAGGCUGCACAAUCUGGGCGUGAAGAGGGUGGCCGUGACAAACCUGCAGCCCAUAGGCUGCAGUCCAACCGUGACAUAUUCGACCAACUUCACUCAGUGCUCUUCACUCUACAACGGUCUCUCUCAGCUGCACAACCAACUGCUCAACGCCUCCGUUCAAGCCCUCAGCCCGCCGGUUGUCAUUCUUGACAACUACAACGCUUUCUUGACUGUGCUUCAACAAGAGACGUUUGGGAACAGAUUGAAGGCAUGUUGCAUGGGCGUGAACAUCGCAGUUUGGUGCGGCACAGUAGACGGCAGCGAGAACAAGCAGUACACGCUCUGCCCCCUCCCGUGGAUUACCUUCUGGUGGGACAACAACCACCCCAGCCACUUUGCCUGGAAGGCCGUAGUCGAGUACCACCGCCCCAGCCUCGACCAGCUGCUGUCCUGAAUCCAAAUUAUGCACAACUAAUGUAUAAUAAAGUUGUUGACUCUAAUAAAUGCAUCCGUCAACAAUUGAACUCGCGUCUUGUAGAAUAAAUGGCGGCCUUGUGUACCUCUUGGUCGUGUUCAAUGGAUAACGUUGAAUUUCCUUUGAAUAAA